CUCGGCAUCCUCUUGCCCGGGCUUGUUCCCGUGCGGAGAUGGCUGUCACUUCCCCCCCCCCCAGCUUCGGGUUAACAUGUAUUCCUAUAUAUAUCAAGAGAAAUAUAGCCAUUCAAUGUCCAUCUUCUACAUAUCACAAAUCCAACCAUUUCUUCUCUGGCUCUCAUUGACCCAUUGACACUUGCAUCAUCAACUUCUGCCACCAUGACCUCCGUGAUCAAGAUGCGCAUGGCUGAGCGCGCCGCCCAGCUCUCCCGCCAGCUCAACUACCCCAAAGGUCUCCUCCACAACCAAGUCGCCAUCAUCACCGGUUCAGGGCAGGGUAUCGGGGCUGAGUGUGCACGUCUCUUCGCCAACGAGGGCGCCAAAGUCGUCGUCUCUGACAUUGACGGCGCCAAAGCCGAAGAGGUAGCCUCCAAGAUCCGGUCCGGUGGCGGCCAGGCCAUCGCUGUGGCAGGGGACCUGCUCAAGGACGAGUACAUCAAACAAUUGGUGGCCAAAGCAGCCGAGUUUGGAGGUGGAAAGAUCCACAUCAUUGUGAAUAAUGCUGGUUUUACCUGGGAUGCGGUUCUUCACAAGAUGACCGACAAACAAUGGGACACCAUCGUCGCCCUACACGGCACUGUCCCCUUCAAAAUCAUCCGUGAGGCAGCCCCUUACUUCCGUGUGAAGGACGGCGAGCCAAGAAACAUCAUCAACAUCAGUUCCACCUCUGGUGUCCACGGGAACGCCGGUCAGAUCAACUAUGCGCUCGCCAAGGCAGGUGUCAUCGGCAUGACUAAGACUAUCGCAAAGGAAUGGGGCCCUGCGUUCGGCGUGAGAGCGAACACGAUUGCCUUUGGGCAUAUCGAGACGAGACUGACGGCCAAUAAGGAGGCCGGUGCGUUUGUUGAGGUUGAUGGGCAGAAGGUUGCCUUGGGUAUCCCGGAGAAGCAGAAGCAAGCUCCUCCAGGCAUCGUUCCAUACCAGGACAUCCCACUCAGGAGACCCGGCACUGCGACCGAGGCUGCGAGUGCUGUGUUGGCCAUCGCUUCCCCCCUGAGCUCGUAUAUUUCCGGACAAACAAUCAGUGUAACGGGUGGUAGGAACAUGUAGAUAAGUGCUGCCGUGACUAGAAAAUCGAAAAAUCUUUUGCGUAUAACUCCUGACAUUCAUCAUCUCUGCCAUUUCAUUUUCGCUUUCCAAACAGUGUAAAUAUCAGC